UCUGUGCUGUCCAAGGGACUCUCAAGAGUCUCCAACACCACAGUUCAAAAGCAUCGAUUCUGGAAUUCUGAUUAACUCUAUUUUACAAAAUUCAUACCAAAACAGAAAAAAAAGCUUGUAAUAUUUAUAACUGUCUCACUGCAUUGUCAAAUAUUAUAUUUCUGACAAGACAGAACUUCGAUUUUAAUCAGGCAUCAAUGAAAACAGAAUCUACUACUUAGGAUUUUACGUGUCUAAAAACAGUAAGAAUUUUCUACGGACCACAGCUUUUGUCUUCAAACUUUUCAAACCUUGCUUUUCCUCCACCGUACCUACACUUCUGGUGCCAGGCACUGCAGGGAGUGUCCACAUCACCAUAGCUGCACUUCUGUCCCCAUAUCAAACCAUGACACAGGUGAAUGGAUGUUGUAACUGGUAGGAAAACUCCUGGAAGUCAUUGCUAGCAGAAUGUCUAACAAGAAUUUACCUAUUCCCAGGGGUGACUGGGACCACAUAAAUCUAUCACAUUAACCCAUACUAAGUAUAUCCCAACUCAGCUUCCCCUUAGUCACAUUCCAAAAGAAACUGCAGCCAUUCCAUGGCACCUGACAAGAAAAGGGUGACAAAGGGGGUCAGAGAAGGGGCGACAGAAGCCCUCUCCAAUUGCAGAUAAACUAUCUUGCUUCUGCAAAUUUAACAAAACACAUACUAGCCCAUGAACACACAGCUCAGGUCCCUCCCAAAGACCCUGACACUUAGGCUUCCAGAAACCCACAAUGGUAAUGAGUGUGUCUGUGUAAACCCUUACUUGAAGGAAAGUUGAAUGAAACUUUCUAUCCACUGACACCAGCAGGACCAGAAAUAAGUGGCUAGAAGGUGUAGAAAGAGCAAGGUUUAAGGCACCAGCUGAGUCUGAGAAAUAAACUGAAAGCAAGAAAUAAUGACAGCCCACUUAAAGUUAUGGGUAUCAAUAAAUAAGGUGGCUGGUCAAUCCAUAAGAAGAUACAAAAGGAGAAAGAGAUGUGGGUGAAAUGUGGAUGAACAGGACCUAAUGAGGGACUUGUGUGCAGGUGGGCGGAGUCUAGUGAUGGGGUGCCUAACAGUUGAGGGCGGGGCUACAGACUAGGGUGGCCUAACUGAUAGAUGAGUGGACUCUAAAGACCAGGGCCAUGGACACACAAAAUGUGAGUGAGGCUCAUACAGAAGGGAUCUGUCCAGAGGAUAAUGAGCAGUGUCUAAAGUUAGAGAAGGCAGCCAUACAGAUUCAGUCAUGGUGGCGUGGCAACAUGGUACGCCGGACGUUACUGCAUGCAGCACUCAGGGCCUGGGUCAUCCAGUGCUGGUGGAGGUCGAUGCAGGCCAAGAUGCUGGAGCAAAGACGGCGCCUGGCACUAAGACUCUACACCUGCCAGGAAUGGGCAGUGGUGAAGGUGCAGGCACAGGUUCGCAUGUGGCAGGCCCGCAGAUGGUUUCUCCAGGCACGCCAAGCGGCCUGCAUCAUCCAGUCUCACUGGCGCUGGCAUGCCAGCCAAACCCGAGGCCUGAUCCGGGGCCGCUAUGAGGUCAGGGCCAGCCGGAUAGAGCUCGACAUCGAAAUCCUCAUGACCUAGGGUGCUGGCAGAGCCAAGGAGACUGGAUCUCUCUUCCAAUAAAGACAUUUACUGACCAU